CUGGAAAGGAAUUUAGGAUCCAAGCAACGAAGUUUGAGCUGAAACAGCCAUGAUGUUUCUGAACUUUAUUCUGGGCCUGGCUGUGGCCAGUGCCAGCAAUGUGGGAGAGAUGGCUGAGAUGGGGGCGAACCCCAUCAGGAAAGUCGUCACCAUGAUGCGAAAGAUGUCAGAGAAAAUUGAAGAAGAAGGUGAGGCAGAGAAAGAUCUUUACGAGAAAUUUCUGUGCCACUGCAAAUCGGAGCUGGCGGACUUCAAUAAGGGCAAAGCGUCCUUUGAAGCUGCCGUCCCGAAGCUUGAAUCCGACAUCUCAUCAACCGAAGCACAGAUUUCCCAGCUUCAGCAGGAGAUCGAGGUGAAGAAGGCUGAUGAGGUUGCCACAAAGGAUUCCAUGCAGCGUGCCACCGUGGAGAGAGAGAAGGAGCACGAGGUUUACGUGGACGAUGUGUCGGAGCUCAAGGCUGACAUCGGCGUGAUCUCUGAAGCCAUCCCUGCAUUGGAGCAGGCUGGUGCCUUUGUCCAGACAGGCAGCCAGUCUGGGCUGGGCCUGUCUCAGAAGCAGGUGGAGCGCUUGCAGCAGGUGAUGUCCAAGAGCAAGAGCGCCACUGAGAGCCAGCGCCAAAGCAUGGCCUCCUUCCUUGCCGGGAAGUCUGAGGGUAUCGGUGAGGUGAAGGGGAUGCUGGAAGUGCAAAAGGAUGAUCUGCAGAAGGAGGUGGUUGUUGAUGACCAGGAGGAGAAGAAGGAGUUGAACAUCUUUGAGGAACUGAUGAACGCAAAGACUGAGGAGAAAGAGACGAUCGAGGAGACACUGGCCGAGAAGAUUGAUCGCCUUGGAGCGCUGAAGGUCUCCCUGGUCGAGAAGAAGGGUGAGUUGAAGGACGCGCAGAACGCCCUGUCCAAGGACUUUGAUGUGCUGCAAAAGCUCUCGGAGACCUGUGAGGCAAAGACCAAAGAGUGGAACGUCCGCGAGAAGAGCCGCGGCGAGGAGUUGAUCGCGAUUGGAGAGACCGUGAAGAUCCUGAACAGCGAUGAGAACUUGGGUCUCUUCAAGAAAGCUUUGCCCAGCCCCAGCCUGUUGCAGCUGGGAGGAGCCUCCAGGCGUAAAGCGCUGCGGGUCUUGAAGAGCUACGCAGCCUCCAUGGGAUCUAAGGUCGUUGGCAAUCGCACCGGUGUGGACCUGGUGAUGUUGGCCCUGUCUAACAAGGGCAUCGACUUCUCUUCGGUGAUGAGCAUGAUUGACAACAUGACCGUGCUGAUGGAGCAGGAGCAGAAGAACGAUGACGAGAAGAAGGACUACUGCAACAAGCAGAGCUUUGAGACUAAGCGAAAGACCAAGGCUCUACGCCACAAGAUCCAGUCGUUGGAGCAAGCAGUGAUCCUGCAAGAGGAGGCCAUUGUGGCCACGCAGAGCGAGAUCGAGGAACUGCAAAAGGGCGUUGCAGAGUUGGACAAGUCCGUGGCAGAAUCCACGGAGAUGCGCAAGAAGGAACACGAGGAGUUCCAGAAGGUGUCACAAGAGCAGUCUGCGACCAAGG